CUAAUCGAUUGUAUUCAAUUUUAUACCAUAGAGAAUUUAGGUGUGGAUAAUAAGGAAUUGUUCGAGGGAGAUAUGAUUCUUCCUCCCCAUGUCAUCUAUGAAGCAGAGCACGGAAUGGAUGUUGAUAGCUCCCGCAAAAGAGCAUCCAUCAGACGCGGACUAUGGCCGAAAGGAGAAGUCCCUUUUGCCGUCUUUAAUGGCCUUGGUAAGGGUGAAUAAAACAUGUCAUUGUUAAAACUCUCUAAGGAAUGCAAUUAUAAUUCGUGGCUUUCCAAUUAACCACAGAUAAAUAUCGCAUCUCCUGUACUGCGCUAGCUAUAAUGUCACACAAUCGGCUUGACAGCGGGGUUUUGCAUUACACUUUCAAAGAUUAAUACGGAUAUAUUUAAACUGUAUGUUUUACUCGGACAUCAGUUUGUGCAAGUUUCUUUGCAGUUCGAAGUUAAAUAUAUACGACACAUAACUGGACUGGCAUCCCUUUCAGAGGGAAUUUCAGCACCCCUUAUCGCUUCAUACCACAAAAACCGGGAAAAGCUCUAUGUGGAUGGGACCCUUUUUUUCUUUUCAACUAAAAUUUCGGAGCCCCUUUUUCAUUAGUUGAAACGUCGCUGCAACAAUUCGCUUCACCUGUAUCACAAUUCAAACGAGACAACUGAUGGAUAAAUAUCUUCGAAAAACUAUACCUUUUCACUCGAGAUGAGUCUUUGCUGCGUCAUGUCUAGGAUUUGAAUUCUAUAUGCAAACAGAGCGGAAUGAAACUACUUAGUACAAGAGAUCGAUAUUAACUAGUCUUUGCUUUAAAAAAAACGCAGGUAGAAGUCCGGAGGUCAGGAAUGCAAUUAGGGCCAUAAUUGCAGGAAUGAAUGAAUGGAGAAGAAAGACAUGCAUCCGUUUUAAGAGGCGAACAAAUGAAAGAGACUACGUAAUAUUUGCUUUACGCAGGUUAGAGGCUGUUAGUGUAAUUGCUCUAAAUAAAUCUUAGUAAUCAUAAGCAUGUGUGUUUGAACGAAUUCAAAAAAGAUGUUAGCAAAAUUAGAGAUUCGAGCUAUCUCAGAAUGUUAGCAUUUUUCUGGUGCUCAAAAAAUUGGAAGGAAAGAACUAGAAUAUCUCAAAACUAAUGUGCUGAUGGAUGGACGAGACGUAGCAAUCAAGUUUUCUUGGCUUUAAAGGUUAUUAACAUAAUAAUUUCCCUCCGUGUGGGGCUACGUUGCACGCGCUCCGCUAUUAGAGACCUUACAAGCAAGCAGAUCGGCGACAGCAAUCAGUACUUCGUAAACCAGAAAAUUAAGGGAAAAGAAAAAUGGUUAUGAGCGUUCUUUUUAUUUGUUAUCCUCUACUGGCAGCUAUAGGAUUCACCAAAGGUUUCGUAGUUCAAGAAUGAGAGCCCCGACAUUGACAGAAAAUUAAAUACAAGUCUGCUCGAAACUUAACGUUGCCUUAACGUGUUAUACUGAAGAGAAUUUUCGACCCUGAUAAAGACGGUUAAGACGUCAGGUCACUUGCAAAUAUAAUCUCCUUUUUUGUGAUCAGAGUUUCCUCGCUCGCGAAAUCCCUUAUGAUCAACUUAAUAUAGAGCUACACCCUACUAUGUUUUUUAUUUUAUUUAUUUUUUUUUUAAUGAAAGCGCAUCACACCAGGUAAAUCUAUAGAAAUAAUUAAUGCAUCCUUCUGAUAUCAACCUACUUUUCAGUGGAGGGUGUUAUUCAAAUGUAGGCAGAAUAGGAGGCCGUCAAAUUAUAAACCUUGGAAGUGGAUGCCGGACUCUAGGAAUUGUUGCUCAUGAAAUCGGUAAAUAAUUUGCUUUGGUGUGUCUGCUUAUUUGUUUUUAUUUAUUUUACUUACUUUUUAGUAUGGUCGGUUUGUUUGCUAUUUUUUCUUCUGCUUUUCUCCCUGUAUGUUUUUGCUUAUGUAUUUGUGCAUAUUUUUUAGAAGCUUUAUUUCAUAUAAACGUUUAGGGACGAUAUUUUUAAAGCCGUUGAAAAAAUUUUUAACCAAUUUUUUUUAUCCGAACUUAGGACCAUUUCAAAAAAUUCUCUUUAUUAAAUAUUGAAAGAAGCAAAAUGGAUUAUCAUGUAACCGCAUAAUAUCAUAAGAGUGAACUGCAAAAAAAAAGCGUCUUACUGAUUUUCCGCAGGCCAUGCCAUUGGAUUCUAUCAUGAACAGUCUCGUCCCGAUAGAGAUCGGUUUGUCACAGUGCUGUUCCAAAAUAUACAAGCAGGUGAGGCAAAUUGAUUUUCAAUUCAUUUUUAAAAACCCUUUCAGCAAAAGUCUUCUUUCUUUAAUUUUUUCCACUUUUUCUAAAUUAGCUACUGAAAAAUCAUUCCCACGCACGCGCUAUUUGCACCAUGAAUCUAAAUUUGAGUUUCGUCAUGAAAUUAUUGCAAUUGGUUAACUGUCGAUAGUUCGUGCUUUUUCGCUUACCAAAAGCGAUUUUUUUGUUUUUUCUAAGGUCGUUUCUUAUUUGUUACCCCUAAUGACUCAAUGCAUAUUAUCAGUAAUAAAGUAUCACAAGUUGAAACAAACUGUACCGUAAUCCAGAAUAGUAUCUGAGGUUAUUUUUAACGUAGCCGUGUAGUUUUUGUCGUUUUGGCUUCACCCUCGAACUCUCCCUGAUUUCAGCAGAUUUGAUCAGAUUGUAGAGUGUGUGAAAAGAAACGCAGCAAACACCGUUUAAUCCCACAAUUCCGGUUAUUUUGAUCUCCAACACAUGAAAACCCAAACCUUUCAAAAAUUCUCUUUGAUAGAGUUCUCGUCAUUAGGAUUGAUAGAAAUUUUUUUCCUUUCGUCUACCUUCAAUAUUACAGUAACUGACUUUCCCGACCAAAAAUAUUUCACCGCAAUUUGUUGCAGGGAGAAGGAACAAUUUUAACAAGUACCCAAGAUCAGUCAUUGAUUCUCUCGGCACUCCUUAUGAUUACCGGAGCGUGAUGCAUUACGACGACAAAGCGUUCAGCAAUAACCCCAGACUUCCAACCAUAGUAACGAAAGACAGAAGGGUAUGUUACUAUUUCUCAUAAUAGUUUUUAAUAAUAAUAUAAUUUUAUAAUAAUAUAUAUAAUAUUUAUUUAUAAUAUAUAUAAUAAUUUUUUUUCAUUCUCUUUCUGUUUUCCGAUAUUUUAACUACUUCAAUUUCAACAAUUUCCAAAACCUCAUCUUGUGUGAAUUCAUGGCAAACAAAAAUAGGCUUAUAGGGCCCGUUGAGUCACUGGGAGUUCCUGGAUAACAACUUGCUUCCUUCUUAGCACCAAAAGGUUUGAAUAAACAUUUACAGAGUAUUUGCAGAUCGAGGGGGGGGGGGGGGUUGAAGGGAGGGAGGUAUAGUGCGACAUAUAAUACCAAAGGACAGCUGUGAAGAAAAUAGAAUCUACCGUUCAUGUAUCAUAUUUUCCAGUAUCAAAAUGUUAUUGGCCAGAGGAUUGGUUUAAGUUCAAUUGACGCACGGCAAGCGAACCUUUUGUACCGAAGUGAAUGUGCAAAGAGAGGGGGUGGAGGAGGUUUGUAACGCAUCAUACCAUAGCAUAACGGUCUUAUUUUUGGUAAUACAAUUUCAAUUUUGUUUUGUUCGCCAUCUCUUUUUUUUACAUUCGAAGCUUCUAUUUAAAUCAUGUCCCUUUUUAAAAAUUUAAAAACGCGCAGAUGAUGAUUUCGAGUUGCUUAGUCCAUAUGAAAAGUGACCCAAAACGCAAGUCUUUGAUUUCAUCGUUCAAAAAGAAAUGAAAAACGAGACGUUUACAAACCUUUUUUUACAAGUGUUCUUGUCCUGUCCUUUUUGCUCCAUUUUCAACAUUUUCGGUCUACAUUCAUUGUGUGAACCAAGAUGUUACAAUGUGUUGCGGUCUCAUAUCUCGCGCGUUAAUUGGCGAAAAAAAUUAAUGAGAGUGAGUGAAUGUUGUGAGUUGAGAUAUUUUUAAAAUAGUUUUAACGAGCGGCAGCAACCAUGAAUAACUUAAGUCUUUUUCUUCAUUUCCUACGUAGCGGUUUGUCGAGACAGAUGGAGAAGUUGCCCAAGGCGGCCGAUAAGCCACUGCAGGAACUCCAUAGUUAAGAGAUACUGCAGGAAGCGAUGCAACCAAUGCAGUUAGCCGAGAACGAGAUUGCAUUCCGUCCUAAGCUCUUGUGUAUCAAGCGAGGUUAUUAAAAUUCUUUUACCUGUAUACUUUUGUCCUUGUUGAAUAUUAUUUUCUUUAUUCCAAAGAGGCUCAAAUCGGUUUCCUCAUUCAUUAAUAAUCUUUUGUUUGUUGGAUCUAUACGACCACAAUUUUUUUUAUGAUUUAAUUACGAGAAGUUAGCAUCCAUAUCGCAUUAGCCUAUUGCUAAGAAGUACCCCCUCCACACCUCCACCAAGAGAAAAAUACAUAUCUAUAUAUAUUGCAAUUCUAGUGUUCUGAUUGAUUUAGUCGACUCCGGUUAUCAGUUCACAUUCCGAGUCACGUUAUAUAGAAAUGUAUUAUGCCAACUGUUACGGAACUGAGAAAAGCUUCAAAUACUCAAACAUUGAGGAUGAAAUUUAAUAAAAGAACUAUUCCAUUCACGCUUGUUGGAUAAGAUAGAUUAUAAGAUAAGAUUAUAGCCCACUCAGUCAUUUAACAUGUCAUAUCUAACUACGCUCACGGAACAAUUGUUGACAAUCAAAAUGGUAUUAAUCCAUAGUUUUCAUACAAACUCUGAAACUCAUUUACUACCAUCUUUCGAUAAAACUCGAGUGAUAAUUCAGUACGAUCGGUCUUAUCUGCUCUCUGUUUUCUUUUCGUUUACUGUGCUUUUUAUUUAGCCACCUAUAUCAAAUACAAUCACAAUCUAGUGAAUCACUCAAGCUCACAUUAGUCAAAAUCAUCCGCUCUCUCUUUUUCUUGUCGUUUAUUGUGCUCUUCUUUGAGGCAAAUACAAUCACAAAUCUAUUGAAUCAAUCAAGCCCACAUUGGAGACACAGUUACAUUCAGACUGAUGCUGUUUUUCCUGGGUGGUGGCUGUCGUCCAAUUUAAUAGCAGAGUGGAUUCUCACAUCUCAACUUUGGGCAACCUAUGUGAAGAUGUAUUUUUAACAAAACUAGAUGCAUCAUAUCAUUUUUGAACGACAGAAACUAUAGAGAUAUUGGAAUUAUACUUCUGCUUUCAGUUCAUUACCAAUAUAAGGAAGAUUUCGCACGAUGGCGAUAAGAUCUGAUAUUAAUCUUGCCACAAAAUCGUAAAACUCAUAACGUCGAGAAAACGUGUGGUUUUGCUUUCAUUUCGUGGAAAAUAAAUGUCUGUGGUCGAGAUUGAGCAGUUAAAAGACGGGGUAUUGAGGCCGGGUUCGAGUCCUGGAUGGGGCACUACGUUGUGGCCUUAAGCAAGUCGCUUCACUCACCUUGCUUCGUCUUCUCGGAUAAGACGUUAAGCCGGAGGUCCCGUCUCCUGCAGGGUUUGGGGUAGGAGACGUUAAUUUCCCACGCACGAGAUUACUGUGUGAUGGAUGUCCUCCCCUGGGUUGGGUUGGGUGGGUUUGUAACUUGUAAGGCGCAUCUGAAUAUAUUCAUAUAGAUAUUUGCGCCGAAUAAGUAUUUAUUAAAUUAUUUAUUAAAAUAAAAAAAUUAUAGUAUUCCCAAAAUGGCUACAAACGUGAUACAAACGUGGAAUACGUCACUCAUGAUCAGUUCCCAAAUGUGAUGAUUGGGUCGAUUCUACCGUAAUGUAUAUAUGCAGUUCUGGUAAAACAUUCAAAACACACAUCAUAAAGUUAUGUAUUUACGUAUUUUUAUUUUGUCGCAGUACUUUCUUUUCAUAUAUUAUUUAGAGUAAAACAAGGCAAUUAUUAUAGAUUCUUCGACUAAAGAAUAUUAAGUAGUUUACAAAAAAGAAAACGAAAACGAUCGUAAAGAUUACAUACUAGUAAAGGAAAAAUAACAUUACAAGAGCAUAGUACAGUCUCUGCUUACAUUACAAAUAUCCAAAAAAAAAGAGAAGUGAACAUUACAAUCAAAGUUUUACAUGAUGUAGCGUGCGCCUUUUUUAUCUCUUCUUUACAACCAAAGGAAGACAAAUUUAGAUAAACACAGCGCUUUCUUAAUCUUGGAUGCCUUGAAUGGCUAUAUAAGGUAUGGUUUCGACUACGUAGUUUGAUGCGGGUUAUUUGAGGUGCGGUUAAAAAUAUAGUAUACUUUAUAAAGUGACGGAGAUGACGUCAGUAAAUUAAUAUGAGCCAAAACUGCUGAUGCAGUUAGGUUGAUGCAAGUCGAUCGGUCAGUGAAACUGAGUGGCAUGGAGAAGAUCGUUUUAUACUUCAAAGAACAGGUAAUAUAACGUCUUGAAAUGACUCAUAUUUGGAUAUUUAUUAAGACGGACGGACGGAUCGCCAUUGGUACAAAUAUAAUCGAUUGAUAAUUGUGGAAACAUUGCUCAUACAGCCCUUCUAAUAGUAGUGAAAGGAGGAGGUGACAUUUUAUAAGCCCUUGCAAUAUUGCAACUCUUGACGUUACCAGAAGGAGUGCUUUCCCAACGAUGGUGAUCUGAUUUCCUACUUACGCCAGCGCGGAUGGAAGAGGCCCAACUUUCGUGGAAAAUAUCGCAAUAUUUUGCAUGGUUUGGUGUAUGAUACGCACAGAAAAUUUCCCUCAGUAUACGGAGUGUACAGAAACUAUGAUGAAGUAAGUAAGUUUCCUUAUGGUAACUUAAGGGUGAACAUUAGAAAUAUUUAAGACAUCUUUAGGUGACAUACGAAAGUUCUGAAAUGAAUUUUUGAUUAAAAUUUCAGAAGUCAAUUAAAGUCUCCUUAUGAAUCAUUUCAUGAACACUUUAAGACCACAUGAAAGCAAACCUAAAUAACCAUUUAAUUGACUUUAAGAAUCCUCGUAAUUCUCGUAAACUUGUCUUUAGUUAACCAAAACUUCUACUUGUAAAAACGUCUUAAAGGUUUCUUUUAUCUUUUGUUUCCGUUUAAGUACUACUUAAAGUUGCAGGUUUUGUUGUAAUUCAUCUUUAGUUGUACUUUCGGGUUUUUUCAAAUUUCAAGUUUUGUUAACAUUCAUCAUUAAGUGACCUUUAAGUGCCUCUAAAAGUUGCAGGUUUCACCUUCAAUUGACUUUUGAUCUUAUUACGAUAUUUUGGGCAACCUUUAAAUUGUUAGAAAAAGGGACAUCACACAUACAAGUAAAGAGAAUGUUUGAAAUUGCAUUGAUGAAACAGUUUGGUUCAAAACUCAAUUGCUCCCCUAGGAAACGCGAUUUGAACUGAUACUAACAAUAAAAAAUAUAAGUUCAACCUAUUAAUCUAAAAAAUCAGUAUAUUUUUCUUAAUCAAUUUAAAUUUGCAAUAACUCUAUCAAUUAUUUGCCAUGUUAUUACAUCUGUAAUACUUAUUAAAUAUGAUCAUAUACCUUAAUUUUUUUUAGUAAAGCAAACAGUUCUCUUAUUCUGAAUGCAGCUGAAACUUUGAUAUACAGAAAUUACGUGUACAUCCAUAUGGAAAAAAAGUAUCUCGUGUGGAGGAAAUUAAAUAUAAAAUUGAAGAAUUUACAAUAACUUACUUUAGAUAAUGAGACCAUAAAAAUUGCUAAAUUACACAUUCAAUGAAUAAGAAGCCUCAUGCAGGCAUGUAAAAGACCUUUAUUCUAGACUUGGCCAAUUAAUGCUUUAUAUAUAAUGAUCUGAAUAUAUUGUACAUUUUCAAAUUGAUUAAUUAGAAAAACAAAUUUUUUUCUGUAUUAUUGGCCACUCUGGAAAAUUUCAGUAGGUGGGCAUCUAAGAGAAGGUUACCCAGCAACCCUGGGUAGGAUUCUCUCUUUAGCUCUUGAGGUGAGCUUUUUCUUCUAAGCCUUGUCAAGUUUUUUUUUUAAUUUUUUUCAUUCUCCUACUCUCCCAUUGAAGGCGAUGGACGGAGUAUUUUAUCACUUUUGAGGUAUUUCCACCAUUGUCCUCAUAGCAGCUUUCCUCACUGUUCAUCGCCUCCAUCACAAGAACCUCCACCGCUCUCCCCUUUUCAUACUGGUCAGCCCAGUUGACCAGGGCCGUAGUUCUUCUCAAUAACUUCUGAAAAAAACAAAAUAAUACAACGAGCAUGAGAAGGGUAUUAUAAGACUUCAAAUGGAAAAUAUGAUCCAAAUUACUAAUUUCUCUUGAUAUACAUCAUAUACAACAAGCAUGAGAAUUCUUAAGCAUGUUAUACCAUGGAGUCUUUUUGUCCUUUAUUUUUCAUCAAAUGGUCCAUACAAACUAUAAUUUAUCUCAAAUCACAUCUUAAUAUUUUUCAUUCUUUUGCCUCAACUACAGAUCCAUAUUUAAGAUAAUAUUACACAAUUGCCAAAUUUACUUUACAAAGACUUUCUCGGAAGGCCCUAGAUACCUACCAGAAUACAUAAUUUAUUUAACAAUUGCUCUCAUAAGCAUAGAACAAUUUUAAGAGGACACAGUCCCUUAAAUGUGUCUAUAUGCAAAGCCAUCCAAUUUUGAAGUGCCAAAAAAAAACAUUCAAUGGGAAACAUCUUCCCCCCUAUUGAUCAGGCCCCGCCAUUUGUGAACAGCAGGGUAUAUGAAAAGUAAAAUGUUAAAAAUAGUAUCCCAAUAAAUACCUCUAUUUGGCGACCACUCUUUCUAGUUUUUCGUCUAUGAGCCUCGUAGCGGUUACUGCUCUUCAAUUUCUGUGUUUCCAGACCUGUUUUGAAAUAUCUUUGUAAAGCAGCUGUUCAAAGAAAUAAUUAUCAAAAUGCCAUGAGAAGUUGAUUGUAAAAAGAUUCCCAUAUAAAUAAAUGACAAUGCUCAAAUUUAUAAUCAUUUAUGGAUGGCCACAUAAAAAUAUUUGCCAAGUUAUGGCAAAAAUUAUGCCAUUUGCAGAACUGAAUGGCGACUGAAGCUUCCAGAGCUUAACUUGAGAGGGGCCACAAGAAUUUGAGGAGACCACUCAACUCAAAAGUACGAGAAAACGCACUGAAGAAAAAACCGAAAUGGCAAAGACGAGGGUAGAAAGCUAAACGACAGUUCUCUCUGAGGAAAACCCAACAAGCGUCGCGAAAGAAAACAAAACAGGUACCAAUGCCGAAAAAAGUCAAGCAUCUCUGCCGGAAAAGCAAAUCAUUGUAACCUAUACAGGUGAGGAACUGGUCUCUUUUAAGGACAACAUGGUUUCAAAGGACACUAAAAGAAAGUACAAGUACAUCCGUACACCGUUUGCAGUCUUGUUUCCAGGAAAAUCACGGCAAACAAACUAAUUUCGAUGCAAUUUCAAAGCAAGAAGCACCGCCGCUUCUCAAGCACUUCUUUCUAGAAAUAAGGCAGACGAUAAAAGAAAACAAAGGUAAAGAAUAUGAACCAGAAACACUACAAACUUACCGCAAUGGUUUACUAAGGUACUUUUUGGAGCGUCAAUGUCCACCGGUAGUAGAUAACUUCGACCUCGAAAAAUCUAUAGGGAUUGAGUUCGAAGAAGUUUCAACGUUAAUCGUUCCAAGCAACGUUGAAUAGCAAUUAUGCUCCCUUGUAAUAAUAAAAAAUGUAUAGAUAUAAUUUAUAUAAAUAUAUUUUGUAACUUUUCUAUAUUCAAAGUAACUAACCUUCAUCGUCAGAUGAACUUGAAAUUUCGUGGAACAAGUCACGGGAAUUUUAAGUCGCCACGAAAGUAUCUGUCAAGUUCUUCCCGUUACGUUUCCGCUCAUGCCUUUCGAAAGUUGAGCGUGAUAGGGAGUCAUUAAGGUGAGCACAGAAAACAUAUGCUUUCUUGUCAUCGCACUGCAUGCACUCUUUAAAGGAGAUACAAAAAUGAAGACCGUCGCUUUCAAUGCAGAUGUUUCGACCCCAUAAAGAAUAGUGAGCACGACAAAGUUUGCCGUUGCACGUUGAACAAAAUUUGUUCUUCUUGCUCAUCAAUGAAUCUGUUGGCUAAUUUGUAGUGAAUUUUCUAUUGACAGUGCAGAUUACAAUGAGACUAUCUUUAAUGCGCAAUUAAAGAUGUCAAAACAGCGAGACUCAUUUAAAUCUCACCAUAAAGUCAAAUUAAAUGUAUAUUAAUUAAACACCCUCUUUUGUGCCAAAAAAGAGACCACUUAAAGGAUACCGAAAGAUUUGCGUAAUUAAAGUUAAACUUAUGUGUAAUUAAAGAUUCAUAAAAGGUUAGUGUUAGCUUUCGGAUAUUUCAUUCGACAAUUAAAAACGAUUACAGCUUUACUCAACCAAUAAGGAUGCUUAAGAUUCUGCCUAAAGGCAACGAAAUAAACCAUUCGUCCUGUGUAAGAGAUUACUUUAUUUCUACAAAAGUUUAGCUGCAAUUUUAACGGGCCAAAUUCAGCAAAUAUGUAUUGAAUCAUCGAGCAUUAAGCUAUAAGAGGCAGCUUUCCCACGAGGAGCAUAAGCUUACUGCUUAAGUCUUCACUAGAAACGAAACUCAAGAGAACAAGAAUUAACAAAACAAUGGUUGUUCGAUGAGUCCUUGUAAUAAUGUCAAAGAAGAUCAUAGUUGUUUAAGCUAAGGCUCGGAUUUUUGCAUUUUCUUCCUUUUUUGAACUUUCCAUGUAGCUUCUGUUGUUUUCUGUUCAACGAUUUUUCUAGCUAUCACAGUUUCUUUUAAGCAACUAAAUUGGUACGCCCAAGGAAACUAAAAGAUCUGCAGCUUGGUUAUUUGGGCGCUUUGUGUGAUAAUCACUACAUUGAAACACUUUCUAAGACUUCGAUUGUCACAGAAUAAAACAGAAGCUUUGAUACUAUUGUGAUUCAAAGUUUAUCUGAUUCUAUUGGUGAUAGUCAUGAUUAGCGAUUCGCAUCACAAUGAAUCGUUUUUAUGCGUUGAAUAAUAUAGAUUUAGCCAAGCCUAAAAGCAGAGCUCGCAUUUUUUUUCCCGUACGUCUCAAGGGCACAACGCCUUGCCCCGGCCGGGACUAGAACCCGGGUCGUCCGACUCGGAGCCCAGUGCACUAACCACUGGACGUGCCCGCGUUACAGUUGACUAUGCAUGUUAAAAGUAGCACCUUGUACGGUCAGUCGUACGGUCGCACGGUCAUAAGUCCAAAUGUUUUCGGCUUGAUGGGUUACUACUACUACCAUUUUGUAUUAUUAUGGGUCUACACUCUGCGAGCUCCGCUAUAAAUGUAGCUGUCAUUUUAAAAAACAAAACUUGCCACUCAUUUGUUUGCUAUUGAAAUGUAGCCACCACGAAAAGGUUGAAUAUAGAGGCCUUCUGUUCUUGUGACUAGUUAGUAGGAUCAAGUAGAAUGGAAGUUAUUUGUUUUGCUGUUGUUGUUCUUUUGUUUAAUAAAGAAUUAGUUAAUUAGUAUAAUGACACUUAAUUUCUUCAUUGCAUGAUUUAUAAUUUGACUGAAAGAAAUAGAGAUCGACUUACUGAAUGACUAAUUAAAUUCAGUAUUAAAUGAUUGAUUUAUCGUCUGUGUUCAAUUUUUUUAUCAUAGAAAAUUUGGGUGUCGACGAUAAAGAUUUAUUCGAGAGAGAUAUGAUCCUUCCUGCGGAUGUCCUCUACAGACCCGAGCACGGAAUGGAUGUUGAUAGCUCCCGCAAAAGAGGCUCGAUCAGAAGCAGACUAUGGCCGUGAGAAAGGUUAGCGAACGCCUUCAAAUGCUAACCUUCGCUUACAUCUUCCAGAGGUACACUCAGUCCUCGUAUUCAUGGCACACGUUAUCAAACAACUCAAGACCAUCAUGCCAGAUCUGAAGACAGUCAGUUAACGCCAAGACAACGCUGGCUGAUACCAUAGCGGGUCUACCAUAGUCUGUGCAAACGUGGUAGGAAAAGAGUUAGGUGUAGCGAUCAAACGAUAGGAUUUUUCAGAUCCCCAGUGUAGAAAAGGAGCUAGUGAUCGUUAGGCAGCCUUGAUAAAGUUACAAAUGCACAUUCACUUAAACUCUGGCAACGAUAUCGAGACGCCUGCGCAGAUGGUUGAGACUUCUUUCUUCCGGUGGAGGGGGUCUCUCGUAGUUCGAUUAUUGAACGUUGCUUCCUGAAAAAGAAGAAAGAAAAACAUACGAGUAAAAGAGGUCGCAAUGUUCACAUUUGGGAAAACGUGUGUCGCUGUCUCAGUUUUUCAUGCUUCUCACUUGCUGACUGCUGUACACCUUGUAUGUUUAUACAAUACGAAGUUAACCUGAUUUUGAGGGAAAUAGAUUGAGUUUUAAUUUAAAUUCGCUUCACGCCGAAUCCUUUUUUUUUUUUCGCGUUAGUUAUAAGAGCAGCUGUCAGUUACAAGCCAUUAGUUUCCUAUUGAAACAUAUCCAUUUAAAGAGGUUAUAACUAAUUAUUAGUAGUAUCAAAGAGAAUAGAAGUACAUAAAGUUUCAUAAAUUUGUCACGCUUAUGCUUCUUUUUUAAUUGGGAAAUUAAUUGACUGCCCUACCGAUCAUUUGAGCAAUACUUACUGUUUGGUUGGUUUCAUUGGACGAUUGACUGUACAAUUGAUUGGUUGAUUGCAUUAAUGAUGAUUGUUUUAUUGAAUGAAAAAGUGAUCGACUAAUCGAUUUUAUUCAAUUUUGUAUCAUAGAGAACUUAGGCGUGGAUAAUAAGGAUUUGUUCGAGGGAGAUAUGAUUCUUCCUCCCGAUGUCCGUUAUAAAGCCGAGCAUGGAAUGGAUGUUGAUAUUUCCCGAAAAAGAGCAGCCGUCAAACCCAGAAACAGACUAUGGCCGAAAGGAGAAGUCCCUUAUGUCAUCUCUAAUGGCCUUAGUAAGGGCGAAUAACUUCUGUAUGCAUGUUUUGUUUUGCAUUAUACUUUUCAGAGAUUAAUACGAAUGUAUUUAAACUCUAUGUUAACUUGGACAUAUUUGUACAAGUUUCUUGCAGUUCGGAGUCAAAUAUUUGCAACACAUGCAGUACAGUACAUAACUGAAAUGGAAAACGAAGUAACAGUUUAUCAGCUGCAUUCCGGGACGUUGGACUAUCAUAUUUUUCAGAGAAUUGCAGCACCCCUUAUAGCUUCAUACAACAACAACAAAAAAAAAAACGGGACAAGCUCUGUGUGGCUGGGACACUUGGGUCGAGAGUAGACUGACCCUUUUUUCUAUUUCAACUUUAAGUUCGGAGAUCCAUUUGUAUUAAUUAAAAAGUCGCCCCAACAAUUCGCUUCACCUGUAUCACAAUUCAAACAAGUAUAAAUGCUGGAAAGGAUCCUAGAAAAACUAGCUUUUCACUUGAGAUGAAUCUUCGCUGCGUCAUGUCUACGAUUUGAAUUCAAUAUGCAAACAGAGCGAAAUGAAGCCCGCUUGGUGCAAGAGAUCGAUAUUUACUAGUCUUUGCUUUUUAAAAAACACAGGUAAAAACAGAAUGCCAGGAAAGCAAAUAAUGCCAUAAUUGCAGGAAUGAAUGAAUGGACGGGAAAGACAUGCAUCCGCUUUAAGAGGCGAACAAAUGAAAAAGACUACGUAGUGUUUGCUUUACACAGGUUAGAGGCUGUUAGCGUAAUUUGCUAUGAAAUAAUUCUUAGUAAUCAUGAGCUUGUGAGUUUGAACGAAAUAAAAAAAAAAAAAUAGUUGGAGAAAUUAGAGAAUUAAGCUAUCCCAGUACGUUAGCAUUUUUUUCUGGUGCUGAAAACAUCAGAAUAUCUUAAAUUAAACAAAUGUACGGAUGGAUGGACGAGACGUAGCAAAUAAGUUUUCUUGACUUUAAAGGUUAACUUAACAAUUUUCUUCCGUAUGGGGCUACGUUACGCGCGCUCCGCUAUUGGAGACCUUACACGUAAACCAGGUCUGCGACAGCAAUCAGUACGUCGCAAAUCAGUACAUCAUAGAUUUAAAACAUUUUACAUUUCUUUUUGGUCCUCUCCUUGCAGCCAUAAGAUUCACCAAAGGUUUUGUAGUUCGAGAAUAAGAACCCCGACACUGACAGAAAAUUAAAUAAAUGUCUGCUUGAAACUUAACGGUGCCUUAUCAUGUAAGAUAAUGCUUGACCCUGAUAAAGACAGUAAAGACAACGGCUCACUUGCAAAGUUUUUAUCACAAAUAUGAUAUCUUUUCUUGUGAUCAGAGUUUACCUUAGCGUCGCAACUAGGUCUCGCCCGCGAGAUCCCUAAUGAUCAACUUAAACAGAGUUACACUCUACUUUGCUUUUCUAUUUUCGUGAAAGCGCAAUAAACUAUGUAAAUCUAUGUAAAUAAUCACUACAUCCUUCUGAUAUCGCCUCACUUCUCAGAGGAGGGUGUUUAUCGAAUGUGGGAAGAGUUGGAGGCCGUCAAAUUAUUGACCUUGGAAACCGAUGCUGGAAUCUAGGAACUGUUGCCCAUGAAAUCGGUAAAUAAUUUGCUAUGAUGUGUUUGUUUGUUUAUUUGUUUUUAUUUAUUUUCCUUACUUUUUUAGUAUGGUCGGUUUGUUUGUUUCUUUUUCUUCUGCUUUUUUCCCUGUUUGCUUUGUCUUAUUUUUGUUUUUUGCUUAAUUAUAUGUACACAUUUUAGAGGUUUUAUUUUAUAUAAACGUCAAGGGACGAUAUUUUUAAAGCCGUUGGAAAAUUUAAACCAACAUUUUUUCUAUCCGAACUUAGGACCAUUUCAAAAAUCCUCUUGAUUGAAUUUUGAAAGAAGCAACAUGGAUUAUCAGGUAACGGUAGAUAUCAUAAGAGUGAAUCGCAAAAAAGCAAGCGUCUUACUGAUUUUUCACAGGCCAUGCCAUUGGUUUCUUUCAUGAACAGUCUCGUCCUGAUAGAGAUCAGUUUGUCACAGUGCUGUUAAAAAAUGUAAAACCAGGUGAGGAAAAUUUAUUUUCAGUUCAUUUUUAAAAACCCUUACAGCAAAAGUUUUCAUUCUUGAAUUUCUCCACUCAGUCUUUUUUUAAACUAGCUACUGUACAAUCACUCUCAAGAACGUGCACGCACGUAUCUUCCACCAAAAAUCUAAACUUGAGUUUCGUCAUAGAGUUAUUGCAGUCAGUCAACUUUCGAUAGCUCGUUCUUUUCGCUUACCAAAAGGGAUAUUUUGUUUCCUCGUAGGUCUUUUUUUAUUUGUCACCCUAAUGAACUCAAUGCAUAUUAUCAGUACUUCAAAAGUUUAAACAAACUGAACUGUAAUCCAACAUAGUAUCAGGCUGAAGUUAUUUUAAAGUAGCCGCGCAGUUUUUGCCGUUUUGGCUUGACCCUCGAACUCUCCCUGAUUUUAGCAGAUUUGAUCAGAUUGUAGAGUGUGAAAAGCAACGCAGAAAGCAUCGUUUACUCAAAUAUAUCCGGUCCAAUUGAUCUCCAUCUCACGAGAACCCAAACCUUUCAUAAAUUUUCUUCUCAAGAUCUCAUCAUCAGGAUUAAUAGCAAUUUUUUCCUUACGUCUACCUCUUAUCAUCUUAGUGUCGCCGUGUAAAUACUUUUCUGUCUGUACUUGUUAAGUUAAGUUAAGUUGAUAAUUUGUAUGCUUUAGAAUGUUCUGUGUGACUUAGAUUAUUUGAAUUGUAGUUUAGUCGGAUCAGGGAAGGGAUCUUCUUUCGGGAUAUUUCUUUCCGGGAUAUUUUUUACGUGUGGGUGUAUUAACCAAGUAAGGGACUUAUGUCCUAUUGUUAUGCACCUGUACUUAUACUUGUACGAAUCCAUUAAAUAAAAUAAUUAUAUUACAGCAACUAACUUUCCCGACCAAAAAAAUUCAUCAUAAUUUAUUGCAGGGAUGAAGGGUAAUUUUAAGAAGUACCGAAGGUCAUUCGUUGAUUCUCUCGGCAUCCCUUAUGAUUACGAGAGCCUGAUGCAUUACGACGACAAAGCAUUCAGCAAGAACCCGAAACUUGGACUUCAAACCAUAAUAACGAAAGACAAAAAGGUAUGUUACUACGCCUCAUAAUCCAGUUCAUUCUCUUUCUGUUUCCUGAUAUCUUAAUUAUUUCAAUUACAACAGUUUCCAUAUUCCCAUCUUAUGCGAAUUCAUGGCAAACAAAAAUAAGCUUACUGGGUCCGUCAAGUCAUUGGGAGCCUCGACAAACAGAAUCCUGGACACCAAUUGCACAAGCAAUCAUUGGUGUAACCAAUAUGCUCCACUCUCUCCCUCAGACACUUUUUGAUCGGCCGUUGUAUUAGACUUUAAUCCCUCGAUGAAAAACUUGUUUUUUUCUCUGCACCAAAAGGUUUCAAUGGGUGAAUAGACUUUAGCAGCGUAUUUGCGGAUCUUUUGGGGGUGAGGGGUGUGAUGGGGGAGGGGGGGGAAUGGUGCAACAUAUAAUACCAAAGAACAGCUACGAAGAAGAAAGAACCCCUCAACCCCCAAUGGGUACCAGCCUCCUUCCUAAAUGGGCUGCAGUAGUUAAUUGACGUUCGUGUAUCAUAUUUUUCAGUAUCAAAAUGUUAUUGGCCAGAGGAUUGGUUUAAGUUCAACUGAUGCAGAGCAAGCAAACCUUAUGUACCGAAGUGAAUGUGCAAAGAGAGGAGGAGGUGGAGGU